UUUGGGCUCCAGGAUGAGAAGGGCAUUUCCUGUAUGCUGGUAGAGCUGGACUUCCUCAAGUGCAGCAUUGGAUUUCCUUUUAUGAGAGCGCAAACCAAGUACCAUCUAUCGGUGCUUUUUGACACAAGUCGUCUGUCUGGUGAAAAUGAGACGCUGCUAUUUUUAGUUCAUGCAAGAAGUGCCAAUCCAGAACAUGAUAGCACACUUCACGAUAACACAUUGGAGUUGUCCAUACCGCUGGUACAUGAGGUGGACACAGCAAUCACAGGUGUGGUCUCCCCUACAUCAUUUGUGUAUGGAAACUCAGUGGAGCGAUCGCACUUUGUUCAGCUGGACGACAUGGAGUGCAGCUUUCAGCCGCUCAACUUCACCUUUCAGGUGAUAAACAAUGGGCCCAGCAGACUUCCAGGCUCCACGGUAAACAUCAGGAUACCCAACCGCAUGGCUGGUAACGGAGCAGAUAUGUUCCAUAUCAUUGACACACAAGUAUCAGAAGGUCGAGGGAACUGCACGUGGCAAAGAAACCCCAAACCCUGCACAGUCCCUCAGGACAAGGAGAGCAUCUUCCACACCAUUUUUGCUUUCUUCACCAAAUCUGGCAGAAAAGUUCUGGACUGUGACCGGCCUGGCAGAGCGUGUCUAACUAUUUCCUGCAGUCUGAGCUCUCAGGCUAAAGAAGAAGCCACGAGUAUAGAUGUGCAAAUGCUACUGAACACUGAAAUACUACAGAGGGACAGCUCCUCUGUGAUCCAGUUUGUGACACGAGGUCACGUCCUGCUGGACGACAGGGCCGUGGAGGUCUCGACCGGCCUUCCAGAGGACACUUCUCUGGUGUUCGAGGCUCUUCACAGUCAGGAGCCCAGGGGUUACGUGGUGGGAUGGAUCAUCGCCAUCAGCCUCCUCGUGGGAAUCCUCCUCUUCCUGCUGCUGGCCGUGCUGCUCUGGAAGAUGGGAUUCUUCAGGAGGCAUUACAGAGAGAUCAUAGAGGCUGAAAAGAACAGGAAGGACAGCGAUGAAAGCUGGGAUUGGGUCCAGAAGAGCCAGGAGAGCUUGGACUCGGUUCAGAAAAUCCAAUAAGCUGCUACCUUCACCACAGCUCUUUCCUAAAACCCAGAGCCUCCAGCCUUCCAUAUGUGGAAGAACAGAAUAUUCUCCAGAUUUUUCGGAGGUUUGACACUUUUUUUUGUAGUUGAUGGUGAUCUAGCUGAUGUUCGACCGUGUGGCCCGCCAGAAGAGACUCGCAGUGGAAUCCCAUUGAUCCCAAUGGGACAGGCCUCCUGCCAGUGGGUCUAAAGAGACGGAAAGAGAGACUUCCUGGAACGAAUGUGGAUAUCGUGUCAAUACUAGCAGACAAUUACAACCCUCAGGGCGCUGUUAAAAAGCAAAAAUCUAUUUUUUAUAAAAUGUAUUCCAUACUGUAUAGAAGAGAGCUUCAAGAGUUGUUUUUAAAGCACUGAUGACUGACACACGCCGAAGAGUUGAUGUUAUUCCUUCACAUCAGUUUUCAGAUGAACCUUGAAGAUGGAUUGUACCUCUUUAUCCCCUCAAGAUUUUAACUUACAAGGAAUCGAAGCAAAAGUUUGUGUCUUUCAUUCAGACAACUCAUGAAUUAUUAAAUGUUGCAUGAACAAAUGAGAAUGACAAGAGAUGCAAACCAAACAAAGCUGUUAUUGCUCAAGUUGUUAAAGGAAUAGUGAAAAUUAGCUGAAAAUGUACUCACCCUGAGGCCAUCCAAGAUGUAGAUGAAUUUGUUUCUUCAUCAGAUUUGGAGAAAUUUAGCAUUGCAUCACUUACACACCAAUGGAUGCUCUGCA